CUCGUCGGAUUCGUUGCGCGUUUAAAAUUCGCGAAUUUUACCCCCAAAGCUCGUACAAUUAAAAUCGAAGCAGAGGCAGAAGAGAAACAAGAAACACAAAUAAAAUGCGGUGCGGUUUAAAAAAAUAAAAUUUUGAAUCCUUCUUUUUUGAAACAAAGAGUGCCCGGAGAAGGCACAACGCACAAAGUGAGAGAAAAUAUCUAUAUUGGAGUGCAGUAAAUAGAAUACAACCAAACACCAAAAUGUCGACAGUUGUGGAACAGGCGGCCACAGCGGGCAACACACCAAAAACAGCAGCGGCAGCGGUAGCAAAAGCAGAGAUAUCAAGUGGCGCUGCAGCUGGAAAAUCAGCAAUAUCUGCCGCGGCCACGCCCCCCGCGACUUCCGCCCCCACUGCAGCAGCAACAGCGGAAAUUGAGCAACUGCAACAGGCAUUAAUCGAGAAACAAACCCAGCUCUAUGCCCUGGAAUCGGCCUGUCUGAGGGAAACCGAACGGCAAGUGGAACUGGAGGAUAGUGUGAUUGCGUGGCAGGAUAAAUACGAUCGGCUGUACGAAUCGCACAAGCGGGUGCAGAAGGUCAAUCAGAGUCUGGAGGACAAGAUGCUCAAGCUGGUGGAUCGAAAUGCCGGCGAAAGGGCCCAGUUGACCAGUGAUGUGGCCACCUUGAGUGUGAGGCUCGCCCAGGCCAACUUCAACAUCGCCAAGUUGCAGAGGGAAAUCGAACGCUACAAGGCCGACAUUAGCCUGGCCAUCCAAUUGCUGCAGUGCAAGCCGGAUAGUUUUGUGUCCCAAAAAGUGUCAUCGCUCCCCAUUGAUAUUCAGUCGAAGGUGUCGGCGUACAUGCGAUUGGAGACGAACUCCCAUUCCGAUUCCGAGUGCAGCAAUAGCGGAGUGGGCGUGGCCACCACAGCUUCCUAUAAAGUGCUUCCGGCCUCCGAUUCGCCGCCCCCCUCCGCCUGCCCCUUCCCGCCGACGGCCAUGGUCUAUUCGAUGAGGGGAAUCGAUGCCGCCAAUGGGAAUGCGGUCACAAAUCCUCAACAGCAGACGAAUCAAUCCACAAACAACAAUAUCAGCAGCAGCAACAACAAGGACACGCUUAACAACAACAACAAUAAUAAUAAUAACAACACCAGCAGCAUUAAUAAGUGCAACAACAAUCAAACUAAUACAAAUAUUAUCAAUAAUAAUGCAAAUCAAACAAACACUAAUAAUCCCGAUAUGAUAUCGCCAACAAUAAUGGCGAAAUUCCUCGAGGACGAACUGAAGGCAAAUGAGGUAAAACACUGCGAUACGUGUCAGUGCAGCAAACAGGACCUCCAGGUCCUCGCCGAUGUAUCGCGUUCCUAUUCGGUGGCCACCCAAACGCCCCAUCAGCUGCAACUUGGCGUUGGAUCAUCGGGAUUAAACGAACCGCUGACCAAUCAACUUUGUCUGCGGUGUCAUAGCAAUCUGAACUCACCAUCGCGAACCAAUAGUCCGUAUCUCAUGAAGAUGGUCAAGUCCAGUGAUUCGGUGAUAUCGGAGACCAAGAGUUCCGUUUCGGAUCUCAACGAUAUGGACAAGCUAUUUACGCCGGCCAAAAAAGAUGAUCUGAUGGUGAAUCCCAUAUUGGGACAUCAUCGUCUCUGCGAAAGAACUGCAAUAUCUGGAGUUCAGAAUGGAGAAUUCGGCAAUGGAAAGCUGACCACCUCGACGAUGAUGUAUCCCACUACGCAUUUGGGUGCCUAUGCUGCGGAAAAGUAUCUCCUGGAGACGAGUAAUCUUGGCCAGCUGAGGACGGGUUAUCAGAGGCGAUUUCUGGAUGGCGGAGGAACUGCCCUGCAACUGUUGAAUAAAUACGAAGCCAGUGCAGUGGGCAUAGUACAGGAUGAUUUGGAAGAUGAAUCGAGUAAACCUCUGUUGUCGGGUAUUUCGCAACCCAGUCUUUUGGAUUCCGAGCAGACCAAUCCCCCACAGCAAUCGGUGACUCCCAAACUGGAGGAUGUCUGCGAACCGCCGCCCAGUAAGCCAGUUGCUCCAGUGGCUCCGCCAGGAAGUGCAGCUCCUGCUGCUUCUUCAGGAACUCAACUGAAGUCCACCAACUCAGGAAGUGUCCAGAGUCUGUGGAGCAACAAGACCAGCAGCUGCGAGGGGGCCAAAAUGUUUGAGACCUUCAACAGGAAUCUAAUCAAAACGAUUAAGGCGGAGAAUCCCAAGUACCGUGGACCCCGCCUGUGCGCCAUGCGAAUCCAGCAAAAUGGCCAGAGCAACAUCCUGCUGGACAACCUGGAGUCCAUCGAAACCUACACCCCGGUGAUCUACAAGCGUCGCGAGAAGCUGCUCGAUGAAGAACUCAACGAUGGCAAGGACAUUAUCACCAGCAAGGAGAGCAAUGCCCAGUCGGCGGUGGAAGCCUGGCAAGGACCUGCUGCUCCGCACGAGAACGUGGCACUUCAACCGGUUCUAGAACCCCAGGUGGAAUUACCCGAACUAGAAGCCAUCGAAACGAAAGUCGAAUCAACCACAAAUCCCGGCGUGAAUUCCCCGAAACACUCGGCCAAUUCCAGUUCCAUUAGCGAUAUAAUUGAUUACCAGGAAAGUGUCCUUUUAAGACGACAACAACUCAGUCGAGUGGCCGAAUGGGUUCAGCAUAAUACCCAGCAAUUGGAGCAGCGGAAUCUGCAGCAGGCUCCUCCAACCAGCGAUUCGAAUUCGGGCACUGAAAGGCAGUCCUCGUACUCCACGCUGGAUAGGAUGGACUCCAUAUCGAUAGAGAAACUAUCCAUGGAUUCGGGCUAUAAAACUACGCCACAGCAACUGACGAAUGGUUAUCCCGAAAAAUCCACAGAGGAUUCGUUGUCACCCAAGACGGAUAUUACUAGCAAUUCGCUGCCGGAAAAUCCCCUAACAACUGAAGUUCCCCCCAAGAAAACGGAAAUGUGCACUACCUAUUAUAGAAGAACCACCCGAUCGGGUUUGCCGGUGGCCUACACCACCACCGUUUCGGGGGUCGGCGGUCCAGCUGAUGAGUCCACAUCCUCGGGCUCCGAGGCUCCGCAGCUCAUCUGCCCCGAACAGCCCACGUGUGAUAUUCUGAACUACAAGUACUAUCCCAAUGAUACGGACAAAACGCGAUCGGUUCAGGCAGAGCUGCAUACGACCACCCAGAAUGUGGAUAUAGCCCAGAUGGAAUAUAAUGUAAAGCAGUUUCUGCUAAAGCAAAACGAAUGGUCCAUGAAUGGGGGAGGAAAUGGAAAUGGAGGAUCUAAUCCCGGAGUCUUACUGCAGGGAUCUUCUGGAGCAGCUGCGGCCGCUAGAAUGCUGCAGCGCAGGAUUUUGGGUCCCGGCGUGGGUGAGCGGGUCAGGAUGGCCACUCCCGGAGGAGCUGUGGCCACCAAAGCGAGCAGUACCACCCAGUCAUCCAACAUCCUGCCACCCCACAGAACUGAAACGAAUUUAUAAGCAAACGGGGUCAAGGAGUUCGCUAGCAAGAGGAAACCAAACUGUAUUCUAGUCUAGUUUUGCUACCCUUAGUUCAUACUCCACACGAUCUAUAUAAAUACUACAUAGCAAUGCUUAAGUUGGGUGAAGGGGUUCUCAAAAAAAAAAAGAAGUAAACACAUGCUAAUAGCAAUGAUACUAUACAUAUGUACGAUAAAUGUAAUACUUACACACCACAAUCUACAAUCUAAGCUAGCUAAAGUUGCUUUGGAGCUAUAACUAAGACGAUAUAAUAUCUGGCUAGUCAGAGGGUGCGAAAAUAUCUAUGACGUUGGUUUAAAUAUAUGAUUUUAUAUUCUGUGAAAGUUCUGAGAAUGAAGAAUUUAUUUUGGAUUUUC